UGCUUCUGGAAACUGCGGCUUCACGUGCCUUCAGAGGCAGCCGAGCAGUUUGGAAAACACUGGCUUCCGGCAGCAAAAAGGCAAAACCAGGCCAGCGGCCACGCCCUUUGGCACAGCCGCUUCCAAGACCUCCCAUGGCUUCGGCAAGAAAACGGCCACCAAGAGCACUGACGCGUUGGACGUUGUGUUGGCGCUGACGGACCUGCGGGUGGCCGACGACGUGCACGAGCGGCUCCGUGAAGGCCCCUGUCAGGCCAGGGACUGUGCCCUGAAUUGGUCAAACUCCUCCAGGAGAACCACCCCCUGGAUGCACACCAUCGUCCUCCCUCGCCCUGCGGCCCUCGGGGUGUGGUGGGGGGCGCGUGACCCGCGGUUCGGCCGCGCCUCCCUGGCUCGGCCGGGUUGCGGCGUCGCCAGGGUAAGCCGCCCUCACCUGCGCCACCCCCGCAGAGGGGCGCGCUGGAUCACGGCGCCCGACCCGCCGCCCCGCCUCGGAGGAAAAACCAGGGUCUUCGAGCGCGUCCCCCCGGCUACCCCCGGGCCUUUCCCCUCUCCAACCUCCACUUGUGACAGUCCUGGCAACACUCACCUUCAAAGAGGGUGUGCCGUGGAGAGGUGAGGGCGCUGGCGCACCACCACCCUUGGCGCGACACCGACCGGCGCGGCUCUCAGAGACUCAGAGAGUGUGUGCGGCUACAGAUCGUUCUCGAAUUUGUCCGAGUCUCUGCCAUUCCACACCACACUCGCCCGCAAUCAAGUCGAGCCCUUUGUUCUCUACUUCGAUCCAGCGUUCCAACACCAAAGACCAGCAAGGUCAACGCAACAAGCGCGACUCAGCCUCCGCGGAACCCUUUUGAAGACGGCCGCCGUUUGUCUUCAACCGAGUCCAAAAACCACCCGGAAUGGCGUCACCGAGGAGUCCACGGAUUGACCAUAUGACAGGACUCGAGUUCAAAGCACUAGAGAAGCUUGGAAAGGAGAAGACAUUAGUCCACCUUGUUGAGCAGGCCUCCGGACCUAACGUCGACCAGAGUGACUUGUUUCUCAAGGCUCUGGGAUCCAAGAGAGUCAAACAUGGGGAUAUUCCUGCCAAAACCCUGGUCAAGACUUACGUCAUUUGGAUUGAACAAGACGCCCGAUUUGCUACUCUUCGACAUGAGCAGAAUUUUGUACCUCGACCUGUCCAGCAAGCUGUGACUGAACCAGAUCGGUGCCAGGAAAAAGUCACCCCCACGAAGCCGCUGAGGCGGUCCCCGCGCCUCAACAAGCAGGAGCCUGGCCAAGUCACUGCCCCGGCCAGCGUUGCUCAGCCUGCCCCUAAAGUGAGACCGGCUGCCUCUGCCUCCUUGUUUCCUCCCACGCAAUCCUCUGCUCUCAAUUCUGGCAUCAAUCCUGAACCUGCUGAAGAUUCAAAUACCUCGGUCUACUACGACGCCAACUCGACUUUGGUCUAGCAGAUGUCAGAUGUGACGCACGCUUUGCCUUCCCUAUUCCAUUACUGAUCUUUGCCAUUCCCAUUGUUACGCUCUUUGAAGUCUACAAAAUUUGGCUCCGCACUCUCACUCUGCUCCUGCUCACAGUUUGUAUGAAUUCUUUUAAUCUUAAUAAGUAGUUUGUCUUCUCCAACAUGGUGAAUUGUUCUUGCUCUCUCGCGUUUUAUAAUAUUUAAAAUGAUAUUUACUAAUUAACAAUAUUCUUUUUGUGAAUUAUUAAUUUUAUUUUUGGAGUAUUUUUAAAUUUUC